ACGCGCACUCGGCGGCCCGCGGGCUCAGCGGCAUGGCUGUCAGCAGGAAGGACUGGUCCCGGCUGUCCAGCCUGGCCAGGCAGUGGACCCUGGAAGAUGAGGAGGAACAGGAGCGAGAGCGCCGGCGGCGGCACCGGAAUCUGAGCUCCACCACGGACGACGAGGACCCCAAGAUCGCCCAGAAUGGAGACACACCGGCUGCCCAGAGACUGCCCAGUGUGGAAGAGGUGGAGGUGCCCAAGCCACAGACCGCAGCCCCUAGAGAGGAGGACGAGGACAGCCAGGCCAUCCUCAGGACACGGCAGGAGCGGAGGCAGAGGCAGCAGGCGGUGCAGGCCCCUGUCCAGCUGCAGGCAGAGGAGGGAGGGGACAGCUCUGGCUCCGGGCAGGCCAGGCAGCAGCCCCUCGUGCCCAGGAAGGAGGCGGAACUGUCUCCUCGCCGGAGACUGAGGCGAGAGCAGCGAGGCCCCUGGGCCAGGGAGGAGGAAAGCUUGGUGGGCCAAGAGGCAGAAGGUGGAAAGAAGGGGGUCUCAGAGAAGACAGUAGCCCCUGGAAAGAGACUGGCCUCAGAGGAGACCUCCAUCUUGGAGAAGGCCCCGGGACCUGAGAAAACUUCUGUGUCAGUGAAGAGAGCCAUCUCAGAGAAGAUGUACAUUCUAGAAAAAACCAGCGUCUCUGAGAAGUUGCCGUCUCCAGGAAAGACAUCAGACUCAGAAAGGAGACUGGUUUCUGAGAAAGCGCAGCUCUUUGAGAAGUCUCUGGUGUCGGAGAAGACCUCGGGUGCAGAGACAAAGCUGGCUCCAAAGACGGUGGCAGCCUCAGGGCAGCCCCAGGCAGGGGGGCGGCUGGCUUCUGGGGGGAGCCAGCCCACCACCACGGAGCAGAGGGGAAGUGCCCGCUCUGAGAAGAGCCCGCCAUCCUUGGCAGAGCUGGGAGAGCAGGAGGUGCCAGACCCUCCGACUGUGGCUUCCCGCCUCCCGCCCAUCACACUCCAGGUGAAAAUCCCCAGCAAGGUGGAAGAGGUGGAUACACACUCACCCACUCAGGCCACCUACAGCAGCUCCCUCAAACGCUCCAGCCCCAGGACCAUCUCCUUUCGGAUGAACUCCAGGAAAGACAACUCAGAAACAACCUUAACGCGCAGCGCCAGCAUGAGGCUCCCGGCCAGCACGGUCAAGUUGGGCGAGAAGCUGGAGAGAUACCACACGGCUAUUCAGAGAUCAGAGUCAGUCAAGUCUCCAGGCUCCUCCCGCACCGAGUUCUUUGUGGCUCCUGUGGGUGUAGCCAGCAAGCGCCACCUCUUUGAGAAGGAGCUGGGGGGCCAGAGCCGAGCAGAACCAGCCUCCAGCCGGAAGGAGAACAUGAGGCUCUCAGGGCUUGUGACAUCACGGCUCAACCUGUGGAUCAGCAGGACCCAAGAGUCUGGAGAUCAGAACCCCCAGGAGGUGCGGAAAGAGCCGGCAGCCACCAGGAGAGCCCAGUGGGGAAAGAAAGCAGAUUCCUCUCUGGAUGCUGAGGUGUGACGAGCCCUCUGCGGGGACAGACAAGCAAGUCUGCAUCUCAGGGGCCCUCCCUCAGGCCCUGUCUCCAGCAGCAUUCCUGUCUCUCACUGCCCUUGCCCCCUCUCUGCCUCUGGACCUGGGACCGGGAGUGUCGAGGCUCCUGCCCAGCCCAGCAUCUGGGGGGCAGGUGUGCCCUGGCACCUUCUCCCCCCACUGCAGGCACCACAGAUCCCAGGACCCACCAUCAGCCCAGGGCAUGGUGUUGGUUCUUGUCAGCACCGCAUGGCUGCCACAUCCUGUCCAGAGAUGGCUUCUAGUUCCCACUCAUGUCCAGGGUCAGGGCGGUACUGUCUCUGAAGAACCUCAGGGUCGCCUCUGUGACCUGCCUCCAGCAGGUGCCGCAUGUGCCUGUGAUGUCCCUCACUGAGGCCCGGACUUAUGCACCUCAGCCCCUGGGGCCUGCUUCGCGCUUGCUGAGGCCCGUCGCACUGUGUCUUCCGAGCGCCUCAUCUCCCUGCUUUGUUCUCCUCUUGCUUCCUGGGCCUGCUGCUCUGGGCAGGAGCCCAGCGCCUUUCUCUGCACCCCUUCACCCUCCUUCUGAAAAAGCUGCUCUCAGGAAAGGUCUGAUAAACUCAUUCACUCUCAGGUGUAAGUGACUAAUAAUAACCUUAAAAAUGGA